AUGACGGUGGCCGCUGGGCCCAGCGAGGCUGUCCCCGCUCCCCCCGCAGACGCUGCACCCACCACGCCCACCAGUCAUGUGGAGAUUAUCCCCCUGGGAGCAGCGCAGGAGGUGGGGCGUUCCUGCGUCAUCGUGCGCUUCGCGGGGAAGACGGUGAUGCUGGACUGCGGGGUGCACCCCGGCUUCUCCGGCCUGGCCUCCCUCCCCUUCUUCGACGUCAUAGACAUGUCCAGCGUGGACGUGAUGCUGGUGACCCACUUCCACCUGGACCACUCCGCGGCCGUGCCUUACGUGGUCGGGCACACCAACUUCCGGGGCACCAUCCUCAUGACGCAUGCCACCAAAGCCAUCACCAGCACCCUGCUCCGAGAUUUUGUAAAAGUCAGCAAGGGAGGCGCAGGCGAGUCAGGGGUACAGGGAUCCAGGGGCUUGGGAGGGUUUGGGAGGGGAGGUGGAGGGGGCAGGGCGAGGCCUGGCGGGCGAAGCCGGUGA